AGUAUAAACAGUAAAUCAUAUGAUUGCCUUUUCUCUUCUUAUAUUAUCAGCAAAUAGAGGAUGUGAGAUAUACUAUCAGUUACUUCCUACUAAAUUCAAAUAUAACCUGCUUGCAUACUUUCUACAUAAACUAUGUCCAAUAUAUAAUCUAGUUAUGUAAAAUUUGUUAUUGACAAAUAAUUGACAUAUAGGAACAAAAAUUUUACUUAGACAUUUUCUAUAAACUUGGCUGCUGAAUUCAGGAAAAUAAUAAUUCUGUAUCUUUCGUCCUCUUUUUAAUAAUUACAUUUGCAUAAGAAAAAGGAGGCGACCAUAUGAUUUACAGUUUUUAUUUUAUCAUUCCUUCUAUGUAAUUCCUUAUACUUAGUUAAAUCACUACGAUUCUCUCGUGUAUGGCUCUUACAGGUACCUGAAAUUCCCUUAGGUAUUCCUUGCAUUUCGUAACUUUGUUUUUUAACCAACAAAAGUCACAACAAUUGCAAAAAUUGUUUUCUACAAAAUACAUAAUCAGUUACACUUGAAUGGUAAAAAAAAAACAAUAUACCUAAGUACCUAACUACAAGGGGCCAAAAAAAACUGUUACUUAUAACUUGAUCGGGUAUCAUUAUGACAAGAAGAGAUGAUGAAUCUGCAAACAUAUCUACCAAAUCAUUCUUUCGUGCUAUAGAAUCUGUCAACAAAGUGGGCUACAUGGAUGGAGCAUCACAAGGGCAAAUUGCUACAUUUCAACCAAGUUUCAAUAUUGGUUAUGAACAAGGUCUAAAUUUUGGAUUACAUUUAGGAUUUAAAGAAGCUAAUUUAAGAAUACAAGAUCAGCAAUUUCAUUUGCAAGAAUUGACAGACUCAAGAAGGAUAAACUGUCAAAUAUGUUUAAACAAUGUUACAAUGAAAGAAAACAUAGUAAAUCUAUGUAAUACUCAAAAAGAAAAAAAUGAUGAAAUCAUAUCACUUUAUAAACAAAUGUAAAUGACCUUAAAGACAG